UGAAAACAAGAAUGGUAUCAAUUUGAAUCUGACCAGCUACAGCAGUCAGACUGUGCCACCUUUUCUGGAAACAGGCUUGCUAAGUACCCAAAGGUCGGAGCCUGGCAUUGCAAGUCGCAAAGGAGCACAGGCUGAUUGUGUAGCAAUCAAAGUACCAUCUUGCACAUGGGAAGACUGUUAGCUCAAUUCCGCUUCACACGUCGAUUCACCAUCCCAUCACCGCUUGGACAGGUACGAUCGGUACAUUCACUGUCGCAUCCAGACGUCUCAAAAACCUCCCUCGCUUGCUCAUCUUAGCCUCAUCUUGCUUCCAUCAUCCUCAGUCCUACACACCUCUCAUCACCCAUCAGUACCCGCAUAGAGUUAAGAACUUCAACACUCCCACACAACGCAUCGGCGCUACUACUCAUACCCGUUACGCACAACCUCGCUAUGGCGCAGUCUGUCGCUUGCGGCGCAGCGGAAGUGCAGUCUCCCUCAGCACGUCCCCUCGGAUUCCUCGAUCUCGACAAAGAUAUCAGACUUCAGGUAUAUGACAUUCUGGAGGGUCGUACCAAGCCUUACCGCUACCACACAACCUGCCGAGAAGACGACGACGUAUGUUGGCAAUGUCGCAUCUGGAACGAGUUCGAGGUCGCAAAAAAGAAUCUGCGCUUGACUUGCUGGACAAGCGCCGAAGAGUGGACACCAGCCUUCUUUCGCUCAACCACUAUCUGUCUGAACAGUCGUCGUACUCCUCCAAUGUUCAAAGAUAUGUUUUUGAAUGACCAGGCCGAUGAUGCACUCAGACCGAGUGGUCGUGCAGUCAAGCUGAGCGAUUCUGUAAAGGACUGGACCGACCCUACACACUGUACGCAGAAGCUCUUCCGAUUGAGGGAGUCUGCAAUCAAGAACCUUCGAAAUAUCGAAUUUGCAUGGUCGAGAAAAGACACCUUCCCUUCUGUUUCCGCAACUGACGACACACGCCGGACCGGAUACAGGCUUGAUGCAGAAAGACUCCAUGAGUUCGGCGCCAUAGUUCGACACCACACUCCAAAGCUACGGCUCGAAAAACUAUCUAUCCUGUAUUGGCCUUGUGAUCGUUACCUUUGGACCCCAAGGCCAUACGAUAUCCUGGGGGUUAAUGUGACGAGGCUGCAACUCAUAUCGGAAAAGCUCUACGUUGAACUUUUCGAGAGAAAAUGGGCGCCCACCCAAAGGAAAGGUGGCUCGUCCUCACACUGUUUCGAUGACUGUGCGAUCAAGAUCUAUUACCGUUGGAAGAAGCCGACUCUGAUUGCAGACUGUUCUGACACAGUGGAUCCCUACUCACUUCCGGUGGAGGAGGAUGCGGACGGCUACAGCUCUGGCGAUUCCUUCUCGCUUUCCGAUAGCGACGACAGUUCGGACGGUGACGCUGAAUUGUCAGAUUCAAACGAGGAGGACAUGUCAGCCUGAACGCGAUAUAGAUGAGCAUCAUUCGGACAACGACUCAGCACAUGGUGUGCGCUGUCGGGUCAGUUGAUAGAAAGACGCCGCAAUGCCAGCCUCUCCGUGCGGCGAACAGCAUCGCAAUCGUGGAGGAAUGGGCAGCAGUGCUGAGCUAGAGCAAAUUGGCCUUGUUGGGGGCUUGAGAGUUUGAAGAUGCACCGGUCGUUGAUGUGGUGUGUUGCUGAAGUCUCGACAAUCUUCCACGUUCUGCGUCAGGGCACAACGGCGUCAUGCAGCGAUGGCAAGAAUGUUUGUAUGAUAACACCCCAUGCUUUAGUUUAGCCUGACCUCUCUUCUCAAAUCAUCAAAUAAAUAUGUACG